AUGCAUGACACAAUCCCCACCUCCAGCACUCCCACCGAGGACAUUUCUCCCCUCAGCGAGAAGUAUAUCACCUACGUCGAGUGCCUGGCAUGGAAAGAGGGCUACUGCGAAGCCAUGUCCGAGAUGAUUGACCUGUUGCAAGUUGAAAGGGCCAAGCUAGAUGAUAUGAAAGAUCGGGUGUCUACAUUCAUCCGCGAGGGAUUGAGGGAAGGGGACGAUCUCAAUGAAAUGGUGGGGGUGGUGUCCCGUGUGCUUGAGACUGAACGGCACAUUGAAAAUGUUAGGAAGAUUGUAGCGGAGGUUUUGCGGAGGGGUAUGGAGUAG